UCUUUUUUUUCUUUUGCUUUUCUUUCUUUCUUUACCUUGUCUUCUCUACUUUGCUCAAACAUCAGUUUUUCUUCGAUUUGUUGAUCUUCCUGUUUGUCUCGAUCUUUCUAUUCAAUGGACACUCAAGAUCCUGGUUGACAGAGAAGGAAACCCAAUUUGAAGAACCACUACAUGAAGUCUGAUUGUUGAAGGGGUCUGUCUUCAUUUAUUUAAUUUUGAUUUUUUCUUUUUCGGGUGGCUUUUUGAGGGUUGUUUCAGUAGCUGAGCUUUUGGCGGGUUUUGAUUUGUUUUGGAUUGGAUAUGGGAGGGUGUUUUCCUUGUUUUGGAUCAUCUGACAAGGAGGGUAGUGGUGGUGGAGAAACUGGUGGUGUGAAGGAAGUGGUCAAGAAGGAUUCAGUGAAAGAUGGUUCACUGUCUCAGUCCCACCGUGUUAGCAGAGUUAGCUCAGACAAAUCAAAAUCCCGGAAUGGUUCUGAUGUGAAGAAGGAACCGAUAAUUCCACGAGAACCAACUGCACAUAUUGCUGCACAAACAUUUACAUUCCGAGAGCUUGCUACAGCCACUAAGAACUUUCGGCCAGAAUGUCUAAUAGGUGAAGGGGGAUUUGGACGUGUUUACAAGGGUCGCUUGGAGAGCACAGGACAGGUAGUUGCAGUAAAACAGCUUGACCGGAAUGGUCUUCAAGGAAACAGAGAAUUCCUGGUGGAAGUCCUCAUGCUCAGCCUGCUGCACCAUCCAAACCUUGUCAACUUGAUUGGUUAUUGUGCUGAUGGAGACCAGCGCCUCCUUGUUUAUGAAUUUAUGCCGUUGGGAUCAUUGGAGGAUCAUUUACAUGAUCUUCCAUCCGAUAAGGAGCCUCUAGACUGGAACACUAGGAUGAAGAUUGCAGCUGGUGCAGCAAAGGGGUUGGAAUAUUUGCACGAUACAGCGAACCCCCCUGUCAUAUACAGGGACUUAAAAUCGUCUAAUAUCCUUCUUGAUGAGGGGUUUCGCCCAAAGCUAUCAGAUUUUGGGCUUGCAAAAUUGGGUCCUGUUGGUGACAAAACUCAUGUGUCCACGCGAGUGAUGGGAACAUAUGGAUAUUGUGCCCCAGAGUAUGCCAUGACCGGUCAACUUACUCUGAAGUCGGAUGUGUAUAGUUUUGGCGUCGUCUUUCUUGAACUUAUAACUGGCCGCAAAGCUAUCGAUAAUACCCGGUCACAUGGAGAGCAUAAUCUUGUUGCGUGGGCACGACCUCUUUUCAAGGAUCGUAGGAAGUUCCCUAAAAUGGCUGAUCCACUGUUGCAAGGUCGAUAUCCCAUGAGAGGACUAUAUCAAGCUCUGGCUGUUGCAGCAAUGUGUUUGCAAGAGCAAGCCGCCACAAGGCCUCUGAUAGGCGAUGUUGUGACGGCACUCACCUAUUUAGCUUCGCAAACCUAUGAUCAAAAUGCAGCAAGUGCACAAAAUAACAGAGUUGGUUCAUCUACGCCUAGGAGCAGGGAGAGGAGCUUCGCAGAUGGGAUGGACAGCCCAAGCGAGCACGGCCGUAUAGGGCGGCAUGGUUCCCCUUCCAGCCAUAAAAAUUCACCAGACUACAGGAAGAGAGACCAUGGUCGGGAAUUAAGCAUUGGCAAUGAGUUGGGCAGUGUUGAGGUUGGUGGUGGUUCUGGCAGAAAAUGGGUUUUGGAUGAUCCCGGGCGACAAGACUCACAGAGGGACAGCCCAGUAAAUGGUGCCAGAACAAGAGAAACUCCAAGAAAUCGUGAUUUAGAUAGAGAACGUGCAGUUGCUGAGGCGAAAGUGUGGGGUGAGAAUUGGAGGGAGAAAAAGCGGGCCAAUGCAAUGGGUAGCUUUGAUGGUACAAAUGAGUAGCUGCGCUGAAAUGCCUAUUCCUGUCUGUUUGUUCUCGUACAAAGAAAUGUAUUAUUCUUCUGCGAGGCACUGUGAAGAGAGAGAGAAACAUCCUUUACACGGUCUUGGUUUCCAUUUCAUCCCCAGGAAUAAGAGUUCUUGUCUUUAACUGUUGUUACUUGUCCUUGUCAUUCUUGUAGAGGAUGAAACUGAAUGCUUCAAUGGUGGUUGAAGGAAAGAAACACAGUUAAAGAAGGGUUGAUGUAGAGGACAAUGUCUGCUCUUCAGGCAUUCGACAGGUAACCCCGCUACGGGAUUGAUGUAUGUUACAUGUUAAUCUAUGUAUUUAGAGAUUUCUGAAGGUUAUGGAGGGUCUGAGUAGAUGUCUAAAAUUUCUGCCUGGCCCCUUUGUUGGGAGCAAGUAGUGGGUUUAGCUUGGGUUGUCAACAUGUUGUAUCUUGUACUCUCAUUUACAGUCUUACGGAUUUCUGAGUCUUCAUGUUUUCGGCUAAUAGAGAACGGGCCUCAUUGUAUGCA